GGCAAGCUUCGCGUCAGUGCUAGUCCAACCACGGAGUUCGGUACCGCGUAUGCCAUGGUGCAAGGAUUGGAGGCAGAAAGUGCUUGGAUUUUUUAUUUAGUGGCAGAUUGAUCUCCAUUUUUCUCUUUUUUUUAAUUUUUGUUUUGUUAUUUAUACGUUAACGUUUAAGUCUCGUUCUGCUGUGAUAUCUCACCCUUAUUUAAUUACUUAGAUUUAGACUUGGUAAUUGUUUUGCUGGUUACGCAGAAAUUCGUAUUUUUGUCUCAACCCCGCGUCCAAUUUUUAUUUUUCUAAGUCAUUAUUAAUUUGUGUUAAGUUUUUUAUUCAAUAUGGUCGAAAGUAUUAUUGAAGAAAGCAAAGGAGACGGCACAGUUUGUGAUGAAGUCAUGGGUAUUCUGCGGGAUAAAACCAAUGACAGCAAUGUUCCAGACUGUGUAUCCCAGAGAAAAGAAGAAGCUAGAGUUAAAAGAAGGAAAAAGAAGACUGCCACUAGUUUAGUAACAUCAUGUUUCCAAGAUUUAUAUAGACUGACUGGUGAAGUUCUUGGUGAAGGAGCGUAUGCUUCGGUUCAAACAUGUGUCAACAUUCUAACUGACAUGGAAUAUGCAGUUAAAAUCAUCGAGAAAACAGCAGAGCACUCUCGAGCACGUGUUUUCAAAGAAGUUGAAACGUUCCACCACUGCGCUGGGCACCAGAACAUCAUCCAACUUUUAGAAUUUUUUGAAGAUGACGACCGAUUCUACCUAGUUUUUGAAAAAGUUGAAGGAGGUCAGCUUCUCUCAAGGAUCCAAGAACGAACCCAUUUCAGUGAGGUUGAAGCUAGCCAGAUAAUAAAAGACCUUGCAAGUGCUCUUAACUACCUCCACAAAAAGGGAAUAGCUCACAGAGACCUCAAACCUGAGAAUAUCCUUUGUGUGGACCGUCAUAAACUCACACCGGUUAAACUCUGUGACUUUGAUUUAGGCUCAGGUAUCAAAUUAAACGCUGCUCUUUGCUCACCCCUUGCAACCCCGCAAUUGCUGACUCCGGUAGGCAGUGCUGAGUUUAUGGCCCCUGAGGUUGUCAACGCUUUCACAGGAGAGUCCAAUGCCUAUGACAAGCGAUGUGAUCUCUGGUCUCUCGGUGUCGUCAUGUACAUUCUCCUCUGUGGAUAUCCUCCAUUCUAUGGCAACUGCGGAAUGGAUUGUGGCUGGGAAAGAGGAGAGACUUGUAUGGAGUGUCAAGAGCUGCUUUUUAGUUCAAUCCAGGAGGGCCGCUAUGACUUCCCCGACAGAGAAUGGGCGUACAUCUCAGAAGAUGCCAAAGACUUGAUCCGAAAAUUACUGGUCAAGGAAGCGAGCCACCGACUUAGCGCUGCCGAAGUACUGAAUCAUCGAUGGGUCAACCCCGGUCCAAGCCAAACCCACGCUGGCAGGCCCCUAGUCACUCCGCAGGUGAUCCGACGAAACAACAGUGCUCGGGAGCUAUCUGUAUUUGCUGAAUCAGCAAUGGCCGUCAACCGAGUUGUACUGCAGCAUUUCAGCAUGAACUUCGCUGAGCAUAUCGCUGAGCACAGUGGCUCAGAAGAUGAACCUCUGUUUGGUUUAUCCCCUCCCUCCGAAUCCACUCUUUGUCAGCGGCGGCUCCAAAGUAAAUCUCAGCAAUUCGGCUUUCUACCAGCGCCUGUUGUUUCUUCAGUUCCUACUAUUACCUCUCCGAGUGGAUGAGUUAAUUUAUUAAAAUCUGAAAAAUAUCAAAAGUAAGUUAACUCUUGUACUGAUUAGUUUUUUAUAUUUUUUCUGUACAACUACAAUCAAACUUGAUCCAUGUAGUAGUGAAACACUUACAGUCUAGUACAAACCGCAAUUUAUAUCCUCCAUUAACAGUUAUUAAUGUUAAGUUUUUUGGUCUUAUAUUUUUUUAUUUUUCCCCCUCUAAAAUCUUGAAUUUCUUCUUUCCCCCUACUUUUUUUUACACAAUGAGUGAAUAGACAUUCAACACAACUUAGCUUCAUGCGUGUUGUCAUAGUUUGAAAUUCACUUCAUAACUAAUAGUUUUAGUUCCAAAAUUUUGAAAUAGAUAAAUAUUUCCUCUACAUCUUUCACUAACUGCAAGACAAGUUUGUUUUACCAAUUCUAAGUAGUGCUCUUUCAAAAUUUUGAUAUAAACUUUUAUAAUAUUUAUUACUGUAAUGAAUACUAAGGAAAAAAAAGCAACCAAAAAAAAA